AUGGAUAUCGCAUCCGGAGAAUCGCAAACCCUCCUCGCAAAUGAGCCUGUCUAUGAAGCAACUUGGUUAGCAGACAAGCCCAAUACGAUAAUAACCCUGAGAAAAGUCGUGAGUAAGGAGAAUCAGACCCAUGUUGCAACGUACGAUAUCAAAAGCAUGACAGCGACAAGGAUAAUCGCCCGUUUCUUCGCGCGACUGCGCUCCCUCAGAGUGGCGCGUCUCAAGAACGGAGAUAUUGCGUUCGCGGUAGAUGGCCCCGUAGGGAUAGACCGUUACGUAGAUCUUGGAAAACAUUCAAUCUUCUACUCGGUUUUAAAGAACGCUAGGGAGGGAUGGGAGUUAGCUGGACCCCUACAUAACGCUCUUGUCAACACAGACCUCAUGCCAAGAAACUUAUACGAUCUAUUUCACGGCGGAAUCGUAUUCAUAGCCGAGGAUAUUGGUGUGGAACAUCUGCCAUCACGAGUCUGGCACACCUACCUCCUUCGACUAGAUUCCUUUAAUAGAGCUAGCACUCACGGGCCUAGGAAAAUAGAACUACCGGAUGAAAGCCCGGAUGAGAGCCGGCGUAACAUCCAUGUCUACCGACUUGGCGAACGCAAAACCGUUAAGGUGCUUGAUACGUUAACGGAUGGGAAAUGGCCAUUAACGCCAGAGGCGGCUCAGUUCGCUCCAAGUGGUAAAGCCCUAUAUGUCACCGCUGAAGACCAUGGGAGACAAAAUCUUUAUAAGAUUGACUUACAGCCAAAUGCAAAACCAAAGCUGCUUUUCCACGGCGGUGAUGUGCAAUUCUUCUACCCUCUCGGCAAAGACGACGAACAGAUCCUUGUAACCAGCUCAAGUCUAGUGAGCAGUUCGCUCUACAGCAUCAUCUAUACUGACGAAAUCCGCGAGCCUAGAGUGCUUUCGUCGCUCACGAACCAUGGCGACCAACCUGGUAUUUCCUCGAGUCAAAUUUCAGAGGUACACUUCAAAGGUGCUGGUGAUUACCAAGUACACGCAUGGAUGGUGAAGCCUAGCUACUUUGACGAAAGCCGAAAAUACCCCUUGGCUCUUUUUGUACACGGAGGACCCGAGAGUUCUUGGAAAGACUCUUGGAGCCUCAGCAAUAAUUUCGCACUUUUUGCUGAACAAGGCUACAUUGUUGUAGCUCCAAAUAUCACUGGCAGCACAGGAUUUGGUCUGGAAUUCGAAAAAGCAAUACGAGACAACCAGGGUGGUUGUCCAUAUGAUGAUCUGGUUAAAUGCACGGAUUACCUGGAGCAUAACCCGAAUAUCGAUAUUAAUAAAGCCGUCAUGAUAGGCGCUAGCUAUGGAGGAUACAUGUUCAAAGCCAUGGUCUCCGACCGUGGCGUCUUCAACCUGCCAACGUACUUUAUGGAACGGGACAACUUCUUAAGCUUCGACAGCACAGAUCGAUUCAGCGGUUCGGAAAUCCUAUGGAAGAACCCCGAAGGUCUAGAGCGGUUUAACCCAGCACGCCCGGAUCUCCUCCCUAACUGGAAAAUUCCCAUGCUCGUCGUCCACGGCAACGAUGAUUUUCGUUGUCCAGUUACUGGGGCCAUAGCUGCAUUCCGUACGCUACAGCUAAUGGGAACACCAUCUAGACUUCUUAUAUUCCUUCAUGAAAGCCACUACGAAUAUAAGCCCCAGAAGAACCUCAAAUACCUUCGGGAAGUUUUUUCCUGGAUUAAUAAGUACGCCGAUCGUGGGGAGGAACUGCUACUAGACGAACAUGAGUCAGCACCCUCCCUUAGGGAUCGUUAUCUCGGUCCAGAUUGGGGACAACGCGAUCAUUGGACUGACUAG